GGAGCGCGGCGGGCACCAUGCCUGCCACCUUCUGCGGCCAGCGCCUGGGGUGCUUGCUGCUGCUGCUCUGCACCAGCCUCUCGGGUGGGAACCCUACAGAUCCAGCUAUGACAACUCAAGAUUCCAGUCAGACUCAGAUGAAUUCUGUGACUGGGAUGCAAGUUGGACAUGAAUCAUCUGGUCCAGAUGUUGCUGUACAAGAGCUCAAGCCAGCCGGCAAGGAGAGCUCACAUAAUGUCUCAGAGCAUGAGAUAGUCCUAAUUGGUGCUUCACUGGAAAAAAAUGUCUCUUUGCCCAGUCCAGCUAAAGUUAAUCUUACAUGCAAAUUAGAUGAGCAUUCCCAUUUGAAAAAUCCUCAAGUGACUUGGAAAAGGGGAAGUCAAACAAUCAGUCACACCAGUAAAAGUCACAACAGCUGGACCAUCCAAGUGACAGUCUCAGACAGCAGCCACCUGGGAAGUUAUGUUUGUAUUCUGAAAGCUGAAAAAGAAAUCAGUGCUACGUUUAAUUUGCAAGUACCAAAGCUUCAAGGAAAAGAUAAACCUGUAAUCACUUAUGAAAGAGAUAGAGCUGUAAUGGUUUGUAAAAGUGACUAUGAUCCCAAGGGUUGGACAUGGUAUAUGACCAAUGGAACUGAGCUGGUUCCCAUUGACAGGAUUUUGCGUUCAGACAAGUUUCAAAUUAAGAGCCCAUCUCCCAAUGUAAACCGUCUGGAGAUACUCAAGCUCACGAAGGAAGAUGGUGGUGUAUAUUGGUGUGAAGCUGCUUUUGAAUUAGGGAACAGUCUAUAUAAGUUUGAACUUAAAGUUCUGUCCAUUGCGGCACCUCUCAAGCCCUUUAUAGCAAUUGUGGCUGAAGUUGCCAUUCUUUUUACUACUAUUGUUCUCUAUGAGAUAUAUUCAAAAAAGAAAGGAAAAGGUGGUAAAAAAGAGUUUGACCAAAUUGAGCAACUUAAAUCAGAAGAUGCUAGUGGGGUACAGAAGUAGUUCUAGGCAGAGAAGUAAAUCUAGCUCCUUCAAAGGAGAUUUUAGCCAAUAGAAGUGGAAAUGAUCACAAAGCUACAGAGGAUGUAUGCAGCUA